AUGCCUCCUGCCGUGACAGACAUCCUUGACAUCUGGGCAGUGGAUUCACAGAUUGGUGCGGAUGGCUCAAUAUCUGUGGACUUCCUGCUGCCCACUGGAAUCUACAUCAACCUGGAUGUCCCUCGAGAUGCCACCAUAUCUCAUAUUAAACAGCUGUUAUGGAAGCAGGCCCAUGCCUAUCCACUCUUUCAUCUCCUCAUGGAGAUUGACUCUUACAUGUUCUCAUGUGUGAACCAGACUGCCGUACAUGAAGAAUUAGAGGAUGAAACACGGAGACUUUGUGAUGUUAGACCCUUUCUUCCUGUCCUUAAACUAGUUACAAGGAAUUGUGACCCGGGGGAAAAAUUGGAUUCCAAAAUAGGUGUCCUUAUAGGCAAAGGCCUCCAUGAGUUCGAUGCUUUACAAGAUCCUGAAGUGAAUGACUUCCGAGCUAAAAUGCGGAGAAUCAGUGAGGAAAAGAUUCAGUCGCUUGUGGGUCUCUCCUGGAUGGACUGGUUAAAGCACACUUACCCACCAGAACAGGAACCUGUUAUCCCAGAGAGCUUCCAAGAUAAGCUCUAUAGUGGAAACCUUGUAGUAGCUGUUCAUUUUGAUAACUGCCAG